AUGUAUACCACUUCUUCUCUCUUCUUCCACACCCUAGCCCAGGUCGGCAUCACUCAUGCAUUCGUUAACUGGGGCUCCGAUCACCCUGCACUCCUCGAAGACCUCCAACGCCAACGCGUCGACCAUGGCGAUACCGUUGUCGAAAUAAUCACUUGCCCCAAUGAAAUGGCUGCGUUGAGCGCGGCACAGGCAUUUGUACAGGUUACGAACACGCCCGCUGCAGUCAUUGUACAUGUCGAUGUCGGAACCCAGGCUCUUGCUGGUGCCGUCCAUAACGCGAGCAGAGGAAAGGUCCCCAUCCUGGUGUUUGCCGGUGCAUCACCGUCUACUGUGGAAGGAGAGUUGAAGGGGUCGAGGAAUGAGUGGAUUCAUUGGAUGCAAGAUAUACCUGACCAACCUGCCAUUGUCAGGCAAUACAUGCGUUUCACUGCACAGAUCAAUGCACCCGAAAAUGUCCCUCAUCUUGUCAGACGUGCUCUUCAGAUUGCCACAAGCGAACCAAAAGGUCCAGUAUAUCUCUGGGCACGCAGAGAAGUGUUAGAACAGGAGAUCGAUGAAUCACUUUUCAACACUCCGGCAUCUCUCUGCAGAUGGCCUUCAAUCGAGCCAAGCGGGCUCUCCCCCUCAGCCGUGAACGUAAUUGGCGAUGCCCUGGCUCAUGCAAACAACCCGCUUAUCAUUACGUCAUACAUUGGGCGGAAUCCUGCAGCCCGCUACAAAUGUCUCUCUCUCGCAUCCAUUCUUCGUGGGCGUUUCCUUCCUCGCACCUGGAACACACACUCGCUGCUCAGCACAGCAGACGUAAUCCUCGUCAUCGACGCAGAGGUACCAUGGAUCCCAAUGAACAAAGACAAUCAAGGCAACUUCGAGCGCCCCAGCGAUGAAGCCCGCAUCUUCGUAAUCGACUCUGGGGACCCUCUUAAAGAAACCAUCGGCAUGGAGCACGUCGCCGGCGUCGCAGAAGUUGUUUGCCGUGCCAGCGCUGACGUCAUGCUCUACCAACUCCUGAACUCCGGGCGCACAGGCGCGGCGACAGGAUUCUACACGCGUUCCAGGAACAUACAGGCAAUACACGAUGCGUUCAUCGCAGACAUGCGUAACGCAGAGACACUCGCGUUCGAACCGAAUGUGCCGUAUUUGCCCUCGCGCAUCUUUGGAGCGUUGCGUACGGCGGUGGAAAAUAAGGUACCGCACCCUGCGAGCACGCUUUACCUUAACGAGACCAUCAGUAACUACCCGCUUUCAUGGUCACACCUGCAUCCCGAUACGCCUGCGGGCAUGUUGAGCUCCGGCGGCUCUUCGCUCGGCUGGGCAUUGGGUGCGAGCGUUGGUGCGGUUCUAGGAGGCGUAAAUGCGGGCAAGGGUGCAGGGAAGGUGGGAUACGAGCUGGUAGUGAGCGUGGUUGGUGAUGGUACGUUCUUGUUUGGGGUGCCUAGCAGUGCGUUCUGGAUGGCGAGGCGGUAUGAAACACCCUUCCUGACCAUCGUUUUGAAUAACGGAGGCUGGAAAUCACCAAAACUUUCCAUGCUGGGCGUGCACCCCGAGGGGCACGGCUCUAAGGUUACUGGCAACCAGCUCACUGUGGGCCUCGGGCCUGUCAUGCCAGAUUAUGUGGGUAUCGCAGUAGCUGCGACCGGGGGGUGGGCGUGGGGAAAACGCAUCGCAGCGGGUGAUCCCCUAGGAGAGACGAUGGCGGAAGCUGUGCGAAUCGUUGUCGAAGAGCGGCGGUGUGCGAUUGUGGAGUGUGUAUUGGAGAGUAUUUGAGCGACGAGAACCCAGAAGGUGCGCUAGUGGGAAUUGGGUCUACGCUGUAAAAUUGGUCAGGUCUGUGCUUAUAACCAUAGAUUUUAAUGAAUGUCAUGAAUACGCUGGGCGCUGGGCGUCCCAUCAUCGAUAGAUCUAUAAAUUGACCUUUUGUGUAAUGAAGUAUCUUUUCACUACAUAGUUUUAAACUGUUCGAAACGGCAAUAAAUGACGGGCGUUUGUAGAACAAUCAAGCUUA